GAUACCAGUUUUGGUGUUCUUGAUGCUCAGGAUUGCUGUACCUUUUCACAGUUGUUACAGUGAGCUGAGUAAGCAAACUCUGGACACUGGAAAAUUGAGAAGUGAAGUCUUCUUACAAAGAGCCUGCAGCACACAGACAAAGCAGUCUGCUGUGACACCUGGCAUGAGGAAGAUGGAUGGUGAUAGCUCCACGACGGACGCUUCUCAGUUAGGAAUUGCUGGAGAUUACAUUGGUGGCAGUCACUAUGUGAUACAGCCUCAUGAUGACACAGAGGACAGCAUGAAUGAUCAUGAAGAUACAAAUGGUUCAAAGGAGAGUUUUAGAGAACAAGAUAUCUAUCUUCCAAUUGCAAAUGUGGCAAGGAUAAUGAAAAACGCCAUACCCCAAACAGGAAAGAUUGCUAAGGAUGCAAAAGAAUGUGUGCAAGAGUGUGUAAGUGAAUUCAUCAGCUUUAUAACGUCAGAAGCAAGUGAGAGGUGUCACCAAGAGAAAAGAAAGACCAUCAAUGGGGAGGAUAUUCUCUUUGCCAUGUCUACCUUGGGAUUUGAUAGCUAUGUUGAGCCUCUGAAGUUAUACCUCCAAAAAUUCAGAGAGGCAAUGAAAGGAGAAAAGGGAAUUGGGGGAACAGUUACAACUGGAGAUGGUUUAAGUGAGGAGCUCACAGAAGAAGCAUUUACUAAUCAGUUGCCAGCGGGCUUAAUAACUACAGACGGCCAGCAGCAGAAUGUUAUGGUCUAUACAACAUCGUAUCAGCAGAUCUCCGGUGUUCAACAAAUUCAGUUCUCAUGAUUUGAAGAAAACUUUGGAUCUGGGAACGUGAGAUGCAGAAGCUGUGCAACUCUAACGAAAAGACAGUUUUAAUGACUGGUGAAGAGAUUUCUCUCUUUGUAUAUUAAAUAGCUGUAAUGUAGCUACCUGAAGCUUGACUAAUUGAGGUAUGAAUUCUGACUCAAAUCUUUUUCAUGAAUAAUUUUAAAGAAACAAAUUGGAUUUUAAAGGUAUUAAAGUAUUUUUGUUUUGUACAAGAGUUUGUUGCUCUGUAUAACUCCUGUAUGCAUUGUAUAUUGCAAUUUAUUACUGUCAGAGAUUUGUAGACAGUUUCUUAUUUUCAUAUUGAAUCAUGUUACUUUUGUAAUUCAGGUAAACAGCUGGGUUAAUUCAUGUUUACCCUUUGAAUAAAAUUGUAAGGGUAAAGUUCA